CACCUGAUCCAGCUAAUCAAGCUCUUCAGGAUUACUAGAAACUUCCAAGCAGGUGUGAGUUGGAGGGGGCUUUCACACCUGCCUCAUUUAGUUCGGUUGAAUCGCACUAGAGUUCGUUAUCCCCUUUGGUGCGGUUCGUUUGGGCAGGUGUGAAUGCAGCAAUCGCACUCGGGUGCGCACCAAAAGCGGACCAAACAAGCGUACCGGGACCUUGAAGAGGUGGUCUCGGUACACUUUCAAACGAACUCUGGAGCGGUUCGUUUGUGGUGAGAACAUGAUCCGACCUCGAACAGACCCAACUGCAAAAAGUACUGAUCAUUUUUGCGCUGUGCAUUAUGGGACGAGGAAGUGUUUGUUGACAGUUUGCACUUUAGCAUGGCAGCUCGCGGACAAACUUGGAGUUGUGAGGAGAUGCGGAGCCUCAUAGAAAUUUGGUCUGAUGACCAUAUUAGGUCCCAACUUUCGAAAACUCACAAGAACAGUGCGAUCUUCUCAUUGUUUAGCAAACAGCUCAGGGACAGGGGGUUUGAUAGAUCUGUGGAACAGUGCCAGGUUAAGGCAAAGAAGCUCCGCCAGCAGUACAUCCAAGUGCGGGAUGCACUUAAUAAAACGGGCAGCUCGGGUAAGGAGAAAGACAAGUUCCCCUGGUAUGAUGACCUCGAUAAUGUACUUGGGACAAAACCGGACGUUGAUCCGGUGGAUGUUGUUGAGUCCCAUGAAAGUUCAACAUCGUCCGCUUCCAAUGAUGCUAGCUAGCACAGUUGACCAAGCUACCGCAUCUGACACCGAUGUUGACGUGGGAGAUUCAAGCAACAUAUGUUCUGAUGCAGAUGUCACAAACACCGUUGCUGAUGCAGGAGUGUCUGAUGAUCCAAGUACACAGAGCAGUGUCAAUGAAGAAGGCAUCAUAGGAGGGAGACUGCCCAUUCCUGGAGCCAAAGCUCGAAAAAGAAAGAUAACGUCUUGCAAAGCUGAUGUUGACAUCCAGGCAUAUAUGAUGGACAACAGAAUGAUGCUGACAGAAUUGCAUAGAGCUGAACAGAGCCAGGUGGCUCAAGAGGCUGCCUGUUUUGAGAGAAUAUUGAAGGCACAACAGGAGGCUGAGGAGAGAAGAUUCCAGGUGAUGCAGGCACAGCAACAGGCCACUAACCAGAUGUUUCUGCAACUAAUGGGCACUCUAGCAAGUGCACUGAAUCCUGGUCAGCCUCCACCUCAUUCCUGUGCCAGCCUGGACAACGACACCCCCACCAACAUCAAUCCCUAGUGCUAGGUCCUUGUCCCACCUGUUUCAGCCAACCCAGCCUACUGCCCUGCUGCCAAUGAAUCAUCCACAUCACCACCGGCAAUCAGAAUCUCCAUCCACCCAAGAUGAACAUCCUAGCACUUCAUCCAUUAUACAUGACAUUAAUAGUACACACUACUACAACAU